GGUAAAGGAACGCAUUUAUUUGUUUUUCGAUCGCUCUGUCAGCUGGUUGUGUUGUCUACUAUCUCUGUCAAUGUGUGACAAAGUGUCAAAGUAAUUCUGUCAUAGCAAAAUCGAUCGGUGCAGUGAUACAGUUCUGGUUUAGAAAUUAGAGGAGUAUUAAUUAAACAAUCAUUAAAAUGUCGAAAGUAAAAACAAACGAUGGUGAUAGCGCCCAAGACGAGAAAAUAUUAAUGCCAUACACAUAUAUCCAACAAGUACCAGGCAAGCAGAUAAGACAGAAGCUUGCUUCCGCAUUCAACUACUGGCUGAAGAUCUCUGAUGAGAAGCUGCGAGCUGUGGGAGAGAUUGUGCAAAUGCUUCAUAACUCCAGCUUACUCGUAAAACACAGGCUACCACCCGUUCAGCAGGACAAGAUUGACAUAACUUUCUUUAACGCGAUCGACGACAUUCAAGACAACUCGAUCCUCCGGCGCGGUAUCCCGGUGGCACACUCCAUCUACGGGGUGGCCAGCACCAUCAACGCGGCGAACUACACUAUGAUCGUAGCCCUGCAGAAGACACAGGAGUUAGGACAUAAUAUGGCGACCACAGUGUACACAGAGCAACUGCUAGAGUUGCACCGAGGGCAGGGCAUCGAGAUAUACUGGCGAGACAACUUCCAGUGCCCCUCCGAGGAGGAGUACAAGGAGAUGACCAUCAAAAAGACGGGCGGUCUGUUCAUGUUGGCUAUCCGUCUGAUGCAGUUGUUCAGUGACAAUAAGUCUGACUUCAGCAAGCUCUCCGCCAUCCUCGGACUGUACUUCCAGAUCAGAGACGAUUAUUGCAACCUGAGGCUGCAGGAGUACACGGAGAACAAGAGUUACUGCGAGGACCUGACGGAGGGCAAGUUCAGCUUCCCCAUCAUACACGCCAUACGCAACCCUGAGGGGGACAACCAAGUGCUUCAUAUACUUCGGCAGCGCACUCGUGACCUGGAGGUGAAGCGAUACUGUAUCACUAUACUCGAGCGACUCGGCAGCUUCGCAUACACGCGGAAGACAUUGCACGGACUCGACGAGGAGGCCAGGAGAGAGGUGGCCAGAUUAGGCGGCAACCCUCAUUUAGAAGCUCUCCUAGAUGACCUGCUCAGCUGGCGACGAGAGAUGCCACUCGAAAAACUAGACAACAACGUUUAAACCAGGGUACGAAGUGCGAGAUAUUUUUACGAUAACGUGUUAGCUUCCUGAUUGGUGGGUUACUUUGAGCUGACCAAUCAGAACGCCCAACGUCAUGAACGUCGCGGCAAUCGCGUUAACGUCAAAUACACUCACACUAAGCACUCAGUAGGUUCACUUGUGCAUGCCAUUACGAUUGAACAUGCUUAGAAAUAUAUUCAAAAUAAUAAACAUAAAAUUAGCUAAAUCCUAUCACAGUGGCACUGACAAUAAGUCAUUAAGAGUAUUUUUAUUAUACCUAAUCCCUUUAAAAAUUAUAGAUGGUAAUUAUGAUACAUAUUGCAUGUCUAAAAGCUUCUCAUUAAGAGAUAAUUAAUAUUAUAUGACAAAAUAAAUGAAAUUCAAGGUUCUUUCGUAAUGACAGUACAAGUGUUGAAUAGAGUAGUAGCAAUACCUUUUUUUAUACAGUUUAUUACAGCACUUUUGCAAGUAAUUUCAUCAUCAUGAUAAGCAGAAACUAAUAAAGAAAUAUAACAUAUUAUCUAACUCCAUCAUUUUACUUUUUUACUGAAGUGUUUGUAAUAAAAUGUAUGAAAAAGCUACCACGAUGAUUUAAAUUAUUAUUUUGUAAAUCCUAUUUAAUUAUUUGUAUCAGACAUUAGACUAAAUGUAAAGACCAUCCAUUUUUUAUUCCCCGCGUUAUGGAAACAACGAUUUUAAAACGAUAAUUUAAAUGUUGUGUAAAUAUUGUAUUAUUAUUAAUUCAGUCAUUAUGAUGCAUUUUACAUUCCCAAUAAUGUUUUAAUUAAAUAAAUGAAUAAAUGAGGUGGAAGGAGGUCAGGCUUAGAAUAGACAAUAAAAGACAUGUUUCAAAAGUAAUCUGUGCUUACGUCUUGAAAUUCUUGUCACUUUUAUGAAAUUGUUACUUUUCCUAGGAAAAAUUCUUAUAUAAUUAAAAAAAUUGGUUGCUAAAAUUUUUCAUCUUCUCUUGAAGUGAUAUUAUAAUAAAAAUUAGUUAUUUUAUAAACUUACUUGGAAUUAUAAAUCUUAAUUCCUUGGUUUUGACGGCCACAGACUAUAAACUGUGGCCCCGCGAUUGCACUGCCAUCUAUAAUGAGAUGAUAUCGCGAACAACUCUUGCUUUGUAACAUAAGUGCGUCAACGCAUACUUAAUACGCUUUGUACUUACGCACGAUAAAUGCUUAAAUAGAGAAGCUUCGUUAUUUUGUAUUAAAAUAAAACUAAUAUUUUGGAUUAUCCUGCUUUUAUUUUUCACCUGUAACUAUCAAAUUGUAUUAUGAAUUGCUAUAUUUAAUGAAUAAUAAUCAUUAUUCUAUUAGUUUUAUAAAUAGUUGCGGUUGGAAUCUCUAAGACAAUGGGUGUUAGGUUUGUUUUGUAUUAUAUCCUUUUAAAAUCUUGUAUUAUUAUAAAGUUAAAAGACCUAUCAACGAUUGCCUAUAUACACAUGACCAAAAUGUACGGAAAUCAUGGAUUUAGAAAGUAGCUUUUUGGAAUUAUUAGCGAUGUUGCAGUAGUGCGUAAGUAGAUGUUUUAAUUAGUGGUAUCUAAAAUUAUUAUCUACUUUAUACCCACAAGUGUUUUAAACACUCAAAUUAUAUGACUUUCAACAAUUUCUUUCACCAAUUAUUGCUUUUUUAUCACUAAAAGUAUUAAAUAUUCUGAGGGCGGAGACAGCGUUCAGCGCUCGGAUUGGCCGGCUCCAAUAAACCAACUAAUCAGAGCGUCGAACGCGGUCUCGUUACGAUUACUAUAAACGUACAACAAAUUCGUACUAAGGCCUCUGAACUAAGUUUGCCUAUAGUAAUUUUGCAUGUUACAAAAUAUCUUUAACUUGUGUUAACUUCACAUACGCUAGUCAGUUGCUGCGAUGCGUCAAAAUUUAAUACGCUAGUUCUUUUAUCUCACGCGCGGUUGAGCCAUAGUUGUAGUUGUAUUGCGUAUAGACACGCGCACUUGUGUGCGUACCUCGCAGCAAGCUCAUUCAUUGGCUGCCGGCCGAAACUGGGCGUUCCCGAGCGUACGCAAACAAAGACAAUGUGCGUGUAUAUACAUACUCACACAAGUAUGGCGCAUGCGCGCUCGUGAGAUAAAACAUCUAUAAAUUAAUAUUUAAGAAGUAGCUUGUUGGUAUAGCUUGGCUAGAUAGUAUAGGAGUUGGUGUAUUUUUACUAUUUACUAUUAUAAUAAAGAGGCAGCCGUUUGGUGCACCUUUAGUCUCCUUUUGAGUCGGUAUUUUAGGGCGAGAAGUCAAUUAAUUUUGAAAUAUUUCACUGUAGGCCUAUAUGUAUACUUAAUCAACCUUAUUGAAGUCCUGGCCGCAACAAGGUGGAACCGCGGCGACAAAACCGCAAGUGUGACCGCUUAUACUCAGUUUCUUGUUUCACCAAUUACGCGGUCAUAAAUGCUGCGGUUCCGCCCUAGUGCGACCGGGCCUUGCGAGUUACGUCGAUAUAUAUUUCUUUUAGAUUAUUCACCAAAAUUUAAAUUAUUAAUAAAAAAAAAAACAUAUUUUACAAGUUUUUAUAUUUUAACUGGUUUUGUAGACAGUUAUACCUAGAAUUGAUAAUGUUGCCUAAAUGUCCUAUCUUUAAUAAUAAUCUUGUAAUAUCUAUCUAUUUUGUAGAUAACAUUCUUUGUAUAAUUGGUGAUGUACUUACAUUUCAUAGUAUUGUAAUUUUUAUUUGAUAUUCUACCAUUUUGUAUUCAGUUUUAAAAUUAGUGCCAUUAUAUAAAAUCGCAUGUAGAUAUAUUUUAAUAUUUGAAAUUAAUAAUGACAUGCACAUUCCACGAAUUAGACAUUUUGCUGUUCAAAUUAAAUUAAGCUUUUUCAAUUUAUAAAUCCCUGGUUGAUAGAUAUAGAAGUUUCUAGAGCCUAGUUUGAUCUAGGGUGUACUUAAUAGCCGCAUGGCUAGCCAAUGAUGACAAUAAUAGCUUCAAAACAAACUAUAUAAAUUAUAUUAUAUUGAAAUAAUAUGUAACUAUAGUUAUACGUUUGAAGGCCAC